UUGAAAAAACAAUUAGGUGAAGGAGCAUUUGGAGAAGUAUGGAAAGCCGAACUAACUUUUUCGGAAGUGGCUGUAAAGAAGCUGAAGUCAAAUGCGCAGGAUAAGGAAAUGGAAGAUCUGAUUAGUGAAAAGAUGACUUUUCAAAAAAUUGGACAGCACGACAACAUCUUGAAACUAAUCGGGUGUAGCACACAAGGGGGACCAUUGUUUGUUGUUCUGGAGCUCUGUAAAUAUGUGCAGAGUACGACAUCUGCAAAAGAUCCGGAAAUUGUUUUAAUCAAUCCUCUUACAUUGCGACACCUUGUACAGUUUGCUUGGCAAGUAGCGAGAGGAAUGCAGUACAUGACAAGUAGAAAGAUUAUCCACCGAGAUUUGGCAGCACGAAAUGUUCUAGUUGCUGACAACUAUGUGCUCAAGAUUUCUGAUUUUGGAUUAUCUCGAGAUCUUCAUAUAAUGUGCUUAAAAGGGUGGAAACAUUUUUGUAUCAAUGCAACGUUUUAUACUACUUCUAGUUGGUCAUUCGGCAUAUUACUAUGGGAAAUAAUAACACUUGGAGGUACACCGUACCCAUCAAUUGCAAUGGAACAGCUAUAUUCAAAUUGUAGCGUUUUAAGCACUGAAGACCCAAAACAGAGGCCAACAUUUGAUGUACUCGUCGACUAUUUUGAUUGGAUGUUAAAUCAAAGUGCCUCAGAACAAGAGGUAACUGUUUAUGGCAAGGAAGAGCCGCACUUUAUUUUCGACUAA